AUGGCGGUGAGGUUCCGACCUCGUCUGUGGCGCAGACGCGGUAGCGGCGAAAGAGCAUCCGGAGACUCGUCCACGGAUGCUCUCGCGCCGGCGGAAGCCAGACUAAUAGGCGGCGAAGCAGACACGAAGCUUCGCGACGAGAAGUCUGCGGCGAGGGCGCGGUCGCUGCGCCUGUGGGGGCUGGUGCUGCUCGCGGGAGUCACCAUCGGCGCGCUCUCAUGGCUUCUCGCUACCGUCAUUGUCGAAUUCUUCGAAGUCCUCUACGCUCUCAACGACACGCUCUUAGGCGCGCACGCCACGGCGCGCGUUCCCUUCUCCCGCGUGUUCGUCGCGUCGCUCCUCAUGGCCCUCGUCCAAGCCGCGCUCGUCGGCCUGGCGGCCGUUCUAACGGUCAACGUCGCGCCGCUCGCGAACGGCUCGGGCGUCCCCGAGAUAAAGGGAUUCCUUAACGGAAACAGCAUACCAGGGUUCUUUGAGCUGCGCACAACAGUCGUCAAGUUUCUCGGGCUGCUGCUCGUCGUCGCGGCGGGCAUGCCCGUCGGCCGCGAGGGGCCCAUGGCGCACAUCGGCGCGGGGAUCGCCGUUGCGCUCGUGCACCUCCCGCUCAUCGGCCUGCACGCGCACGCGAGCGCGCGCGGAAAGAAGCGUGUGGAUAGCAAGCCGCGGAGAGAAACAGGCCGCGCGCGCGGGGGAAAGUCCAGCGCGAGCAGCGGCAGCGGGGGGCAUCACGGCGGCGCGGCGGUGGCGUGGAUGGACCGCGACGAGCAGCGCGCGUUCGUGACGUACGGCGGCGCAGCGGGCGUGGCAGCGGCGUUCAAAGCACCAAUCGGCGGAGUGCUGUUCAUGUUCGAAGAGGUCUCCUCUUUCUGGUCCACCGAAGCCACCUUCAAAUCGUUCGUCUCCGCCACUAUAAGCACACUCGUUAUAGUCCUCCUCGUCGAGGCCAUGGCCGGUAUAGUCACAUACGAAGCCUUCCUUUUAUUCGUCCUAAACCCAGUUACCAUAUCCUGGACGGCCAAGGACGUAGGACCAUUCCUCGUGCUAGGCGUUGUAGGAGGGCUGCUCAGUCGCCUUUACACUGUACUGUCGCUCAAGGUGCUGAGAGCGAGACGGACGGAGACGUGGAGGCGGCGCAAAGCUGUGAAGAUUAUAGAUGCGGCUGUGAGUGCGCUGGUGGUGUCACUGCUGUUCCACCUCCUCCCAGCCAUGUCGCCCUGCAUCUCCCUCCCUCCUCCCACUGCCUCCGCUCCUGCUGCCCCCCCUGCGUCUCACUCCAGUGCCACGUCCACUGCACACGUGUCACUUUCUCCAACGUGGCAUGCUGCUGAGUUAGCAAGCACAUCUGCCGCACCGGUGAAACCGAGAGCAUCGGCAUCACUAGGAGUGUUGGUCCCUCGGUACGACUGCCCUGCCGGGCACUACAACGAGCUCGCCACACUGCUGCUGCGCGGGGAGGAGGGCGCCGUCAAGCACCUCAUGGGCGACACUGCCAGCACCACCGCCACCGGGGAGGCCAUCACCGCACGGGUCUUCCCAGCAGGCGUGGUGGGCGUGUUCCUCAUCGCCUACUCGCUGCUAGCGGCGUCCAUAUCAGGCCUGGCGGUGCCCAGCGGGCAGUUCAUCCCCCAGCUGCUCUACGGGGCGGCACUGGGGCGGCUGUACGGCAUGGCGCUGCAUGCUGCGCUGCCGGAGCAGUUUGCGCAGCCCAGCAUCUAUGCGCACGUGGGGUCUGCUGCGUGCCUGGCGGGGUACACCCACCUCACCAUCUCGCUUGCUGUGAGUGCUGCGGGCGGUAGUGCACUGGUGAUGCUAAUGGAGGCAUCAGGAGACAUCAGCCUUCUGCUUCCCAUCCUCUGUGGGUAUGUGCACCCAUCUCUAGACACGCACCGCUAUGUACCGUGUAGCACCUUCAUAGGGGUGGCCAAGGCAGUGGCGCAGCUGUUAGGCCGCAGCUACGACGAGGUGCUGCUGUCAAUCAAGAAGAUUCCUUUCCUUCAAGACAAGCCCCACGCGCGCCACCAGGGCUUGCUGGCGCGGCACCUCAUGGACCGCCACGUGGCACAGCUGCGGGAGAUGGAGACGCCGUCGCUUGUGCGGGCGGCAUUGAUCGGCUGCUUGUCGCCGGCGCUGAUGGUGGUGGAUGUGGAGGGCGGGCUGAAAGGGGUGAUUGCAGGAGCCCCCGCAGGCAGUGCUGAUGGCAGGAGGUGGCAGCUGGGCAGUGCUGGCAGCCACAGCCCUCUUCCCCCUCGCCCGCCUGUUUUCGUUGCCUCCCCUCCCGCGCCUGCGCCUGCUGCUGCUGUUGCCGUUGCUGCACCAUAUGCUCCAGCGCCUGUGCCGGCUGCUGCUGCUGCUGAUACCGCGGCUGAUGCUUGUGCCACAUCGACGCAGAACGAGCUUGAGGAGGGAUGGAGGAAAAGUUUUGAAGUUGGAGGAGGGGGAAAAGAGACACAGGACGCCAGGGAGAGGGUAGAUGGGGAGGAGAGGGAGUUGGGGGGCGCGGAGAGCAGCAUUAGGGCAGAAAGGCCGGUGGUGGGAGGGGAGGAGGCGGAGAGCAGCAGGGGGGCGGUGGGAGCGGUGGUGGGAGGGGGCGAGGCGGAGGUGCUAUUAGAUGUGACGGCCAUCAUGGACCCCUUCCCCUUCCACGUGCCCCUCUGCAUGCCCAUCCUCCGCGUCUUCCCCCUCAUGCGCAAGGCGCCGCAUUGCACCUUCCCUUCCUCAUCCGCCCCCUUCCUCUCUAUCCACCCCUACCCGCAGCUCAACCUGACGUACGUGUGUGUGGUGGACAGCACAGGCCAGCCGGCGGGGCUAAUAACCCGAGCCCACCUGAUAGACGCCAAGCCAGUGCACGCCAGCGUCACCACGUGGGGUCACUUCGGCCUGCCCUCCUUCCGCCUCUCCCGCUGCUUCUCCUCCUCCCGCCCCUCUGUCGCCUCCCUCACCCCAGAAGCCACCCAAGCCGCCCGCGACCGUGCCGCCCGCAUCCUUGCAGCUCUAGACCCAGAUGCUCUGGCAAUGGGGGAUACGGUGCAGCAGCAGGCAGAGGCGACUGAGAGGGUGAAUCUGGCGUCCAUGCUGGCUGCUAUGGACUCUGUACGGCACUUGUACCUGCAACCAGGCUCCGAGCAUGAUUCUGGGAGGAUGGCAGGACAUGGGGAGGGGAUGAAUGGGCAGGAGGGGAGUGGUGUGGAGGGGGGAGUGGACGGGGAGGAGGGAGGGAAGGGGAGGGAGCGAGGGGAGAGGGAGCGGGGGGAGAGGCGAGGGGCGAGGGAGGGGCAGCGGAGGUGGGCAGGGAGGGUGUCUCCGAGGGAGAGGUGGAGGAAGGCGGUGAGGCUGGUGCUGGAGAGCCUGCGAGCCCAGGCUGCAGCGGCUGCCCUGGCUGCUGCCGCCCGCUCCAAUCGUCUCGCUCUGCUGCCCGCUGCUGCUGGUGCUGGUGCUGUUGCUGUUUCGGGCAGUCGGAGGGAUGGUGGUGAUGCUGCAGGAGCGAGGGAAGCAGGUGGAGGAGGCGGGUCAGAGCGCAAGGGAGGGAAGGACGUGGAAGGAAUGGGGAAGCAGGAGAAAGCAGGUGAAGAGAGAAGAGGGCCGCCGGCAAAGCAUGUGCAUUGGGGGGAGGAGGGGAUGGGAGGGAGGGUGGGCCCGAGCAUAGGUGAUGAUGGUGGGAUGGGUGGGGAUGAAGGUGCGGAAGGGGACGUGCUGGUUGUGAGGGAGGAUGCAGGCGAGGGAGAGGAGGAGCGGGAGUGA